GCUCGUUAAAUUCGGUCUUUAUUACUUGAUUUGUUUCACUGUUUUCUGCAUCAAAAAGCAUUUCAAAACGCAUCAUCAAAAUGUCUUCUAAAUUCACCAUCCCCCAACUCCUCGUUCUCCUUCCUUUCCUCGGCCUCGCUAUCGCUGCGCCAGCUCAAAAGACUACUACCAAAGCAACAUCCACCACCGCAACCAUCUCCGGUACCGCAACCGCCACUUCCACUUCGGCAGCCCUCGGCACCGGUCUCCCCUCCGGUAAUUUGAAGCCAACCUGUGCUCCCGGCGGAAACAUUGAUCUUUCAAAAUGGACUCUCCAACUGCCAAGCGGUACAAAAGGGCAUCCUGAUUCUGUAACCGGUUCCAAACUCGCGGGUUGCAGCGGCUACACAUCGAAAGAUUAUUUCUACACCAACACCGACGGAUCAAUCGUCAUGAAAGUUCCCGGUGGCGUAUCAACCGGGUGUGUUACCACUGCCAACUCUAAGCAUUGCCGCACUGAGCUUCGCGAAGCUAGUCCUAGUUCCUGGAGUCCAAGUUCUGCAAGCAAUAAACUCAGUGCCACUCUUCAGGUGGUUACUGCUGAUGAUUCUGCACACGGAACGGUGAUUGGUCAAAUUCACAUCGACGAUAGUGUAUCUUCCAAGCCGGUUUGUGAAUUGUUUUAUAACUCCAAGGGAGUUCUUUCGAUGGGUGUUGAACAAACCAGAGCUGGUGGUAAUGAAAUUGUUACCGAAGUUGGGAGUGUAACUAUUGGAUCUAAGUUCUCUUAUGUCAUUGCUUAUGAGGGAGGCAAGUUGAGUGUGGCUAUUAACGGGGGUGCAGCAAAGACAUUGGACACUUAUCAAUUGGAUAGCCCAAAGAGCUACUUCAAGGCUGGUAACUAUAACCAAGGAAAUAGCAAGUCUGAAGUGCACUUCUUUGCUAUUGAUGUUCAGCAUUAAAUGGGUCGCUUGGGAGAGAUGGCGAUGAUUGAGUGUCGAUGGUCGGAAGUGUAUGCUAGUGGGCUUUGAGGAGGGUGAAUGUUUUGUGCUUGGCAUUUUGACUAUUAGAUUGUGUUCUUUUUUUCUUGUUGCCUCCUUUCAAUGAAAUUUUGGGUUUAUGGAUAGACUGCUAGCAGUUGUAUUGAGGACAGUUUCGGAAAACUAAUAAAUAUACCUAUUUUCCGGCACACAUUUUCAUCGAAUAAGGACUUUUGACCUGACUUUGAAACCGAUUAGGUUGACUUUGGGCGAGAGAGACUUCUUCUCGCCCAUACCUUUGUGGACAAAGUAUCCAAUAGUCCGAAUUGCAGCCUACA